AUCCCAUGGGCGCCGGCGUCCCUCACGGCCACCUGCCCUGGACAGCGACGUCGAGGCGCCGGCCGCCCUAGAAAUGCCGCCUCCGGCGCUGCCCCCCUCGCCUCAAUCCGGCACUGGCGAGGUGGCGCAGCGGCCCUCGAAAAGUUAAUUACAUGUUUGGUAGAUGUUAUGGCCGUUCUGGCCUGUGACCGUUGUGGCCUGUGACACGCAUUAUUUGUCGGAAAUCACAAUUUUUGGAAUAAGAGGCUAGAAGGAAUAAAUGAUGGUACCAUUUUCGCAGCAAUAUUCCUAAGCUUAAAUGCUGUGACAGGUCAGGAUGGGCGUUCGGAGAGGUUGUUUGGAUUGCUCAUUGUUCCAUAUGCUGGUUCUCGUUUGCGGCCUGUGCCAGGUGCUCUUUGUUGGGACGGUCACGGGCCAAACUGCUCAGUUUAGUGUAGAUGCUUCACCCCAGAAUGGUCAGACGAUCCCUGACAAAAUGUUCGGAAUCUUUUUUGAGGAGCUCAACCAUGCUGGGGCUGGUGGACUGUGGGCAGAGCUUGUAAGCAACAGAGGUUUCGAAGCUGGUGGCAUUAAUACUCCUUCAAAUAUUGACCCAUGGUUGAUAAUUGGAGAUGAAUCAAAUAUUAUUGUGGCAACAGACAGGUCAUCCUGUUUUGCCAGUAACCCAAUUGCACUUCGGAUGGAAGUGCUUUGUCGAGCUAGUGGAACUAAUGCUUGCCCUUCAGGAGGUGUUGGUAUCUAUAAUCCUGGUUUCUGGGGCAUGAACAUUGAGAAAACAAAGAUUUAUAAAGUUAGCAUGUACAUUAGGUCAUCAGAUUCAGUGGAUUUGGCAAUUUCUUUGACAAGUUCAGAUGGUCUUCAAAAUCUAGCCACUCAUACCAUCACGGCUGAGAAGGGAGAUUUUGCAGAAUGGACAAAGGUUGAGUUUGAUUUACAGUCAGGUGAAAGAAAUACUAAUUCAAGACUGCAACUUACAACCACCAAAAAUGGCAUAAUUUGGUUUGACCAAGUAUCAGUUAUGCCAUCAGACACUUAUAUGGGUCAUGGUUUCCGUAAAGAUCUUGCCUCUAUGCUAGCAAAUCUAAAGCCUCGGUUUUUAAAGUUUCCAGGUGGAAACUAUGUCAUGGGAAAUUAUUUACUGAAUGCAUUCCGGUGGAGUGAAACCAUUGGACCUUGGGAAGAGAGACCUGGUCACUUUAAUGAUGUUUGGGAUUAUUGGACUGAUGAUGGACUAGGAUUUUUUGAGUUCCUUCAACUGGCAGAAGACCUUGGUGCCUGCCCAGUUUGGGUGAUCAAUGAUGGGGCCAGCCUUAACGAACAAAUUCCAUCUGCAACAAUAACUGCUUUUGUAAAGGAUGUUGUUAAUGGCAUUGAAUUUGCAAGGGGAGACCCUGAGACUACAUGGGGUUCAGUUCGUGCAGCCAUGGGACAUCCAGAGCCCUUUCCUCUUUACUAUAUUUCAAUAGGGAAUCAAGAAUGCUCAAAGCCGUACUACAAAGAGAAAUACAUUAAGUUCUAUUCUGCAAUAAAAGCAUCUUACCCUGACAUCAAAAUCAUAUCAAGCUGUGAUAUAUCUUCCAUUUCACCAGUCAACCCUGCUGAUCUAUAUGAUGUCCAUGUUUAUACAUCGUCUGGUGAUAUGUUUGCCAAAACAAGAAUGUUUGAUAACACACCCCGCAGUGGACCCAAGGCAUUUGUUAGUGAAUAUGCGGUGACUGGAAAUGAUGCUGGCCGAGGAACAUUAGUAGCUGCUCUCGCAGAAGCUGCAUUCCUCAUUGGAUUAGAGAAAAAUAGUGAUGUGGUCGAGAUGGCAAGUUGUGCUCCACUCUUCGUGAAUGACAACGAUCGCAGGUUUAGUCCAGAUGCCAUAGUCUUCAACUCAUGGCAGCACUACGGUUGUCCAAACUACUGGAUGCUCUACUUCUUCAAGGAUUCAAGUGGUGCGACACUUCAUCCCUUGACGAUUCAAGUGUCAAACUAUGAUCAAUUGGUCGCGUCUGCUCUCACUUGGCAGAAUUCUAAUGAUGGAAACACUUACUUGAAAAUAAAGGUUGUCAAUUUUGGUAACAAAGCUGUUAAUCUUAAUGUUUCUGUAACUGGACUGGAGAAUAGCAUUCAGGCAUUUGGCUCCAUAAAGACGGUGCUUACAUCUGGUUGGCUACGGGAUGAGAACUCUUUCCAACAGCCAGACAAGCUCGCCGUGUACGGCGUGCUCGGCCUCGGGGGCCGCCCCGAGGCCGACGCCGCCAAGGUCGCGCUCUCCCUGGUCUACAUGUUCUUUUUCGCCUGGCUCGAGGGCCUCACCGGCGGCGCCUCCUACAAUCCGCUCACCGUCCUCGCCGGUGCUCUCGCGUCCCGCGGCGGCCCCUCUCUCUACUUGUUCACCGUCUUCGUACGGAUCCCUGCGCAGGUGCUUGGGUCAAUUCUUGGAGUGAAGCUCAUCCGAACAGCUCUGCCAAAUGUAGGUAAAGGAGCUCGCUUAAGCGUUGGAGUUCACCAUGGAGCAUUAGCUGAAGGGUUGGCAACUUUCAUGGUUGUUAUGGUGUCGGUGACUCUGAAGAAGAAGGAGAUGAAAGGGUUCUUUAUGAAAACAUGGAUCUCAAGCAUUUGGAAAAUGACAUUUCAUAUCCUCAGCUCAGAUAUAACUGGAGGAAUCAUGAAUCCCGCAUCUGCUUUUGCUUGGGCCUAUGCUCGAGGAGAUCACACAACAUUUGACCACCUACUUGUAUAUUGGCUUGCACCCCUCCAAGCAACCUUGCUAGGAGUAUGGAUCGUCACCUACUUAACUAAACCCAAGAAUAUCAAGGAGCAAGAAGAAGAUGAAAGCAAAACCAAGAAGGAAUAGACUAUUGAUGAGGUAGGUUCACCAUUUGUUGUGGAAGUGUGGAACAAGGACUUCAGUUCCAUUUUUUUUCACCAGGCAAGACUGGCCUUGAACUAAUGUAAAAAUUCUCAAUUUUAUGCUGUAAUCCCUUAUCAAUGUGUAUAUCCUGUAUCUAGCUUAUUUUAAUUGUGCUGAAGCUUGUCAAUGAUUGCUCAGCCAAUUAUUAGAAAUACAAGGGAACAAGACAGAACAAAAAUUCCAUUAUUAUGUACAAUGAUACAUUAUUCUUCACUAAUGUUUUCCAGUCGUCUAUAUGAGCUGGCAGCUUGUGAUGACAUAAGCUGGAAAUGCAACUCUUGAGUUUUACAAAAGAAGGGGUGAAAACAGACAAAUUGGAGAGCAAUGCUGGUGGCGCCUUAUUUAU